CCCCUCUGCGCCCUCCUCCUGCUGAGGCAGGGUCAGGGGCUCUUUGGAAGGGGCCAUGGCUGAGGUAUGAGAGGAUGACCCCUGCUCAGGAAUGACCGCCAGGGUCAGGAGAGGAAGAGAUAAAGCCUGGAGACUGAGGCCACAGACCCUUGCCCACUGCAGCUGUCCACUGUCCUGCCAGAGAGUGCUGAGGGGCUGAGCGGGCCUGCCAGCAGCUGAGAACAGUCUCUAAUCUGAUAAAGAUUUUCAUUUACACUGCAAUCAAUAACCUGGGUCUAUCGGCAAUGACCUGGACAAAAACAGCUGGAUGUGGACAGAUACUGUUUUUUUUAACGCAGCUGUUUUUGCGUGAAGACCUAUCGGACCGUAUACAAUCUCCGCCAGCCUCAAGGCCAGAAAAGCUGCAGUCUUUCUCUGCCAGAGCAAGUGACUUUAAAUGGAGUAUCAACAUGGAUGAUGAAUGGGAAGAAGAGGAGCAGCUUGUUGUGGUGGAAGUCUCUGGUAUCAUCAACAAUGACUUUCUGUCCAAGUGUCGGGGCACAUGCAAGAUACUGGAUAUUGACAGUGAGAGGCCCAUGAUGCAAGUUGGACAGUAUGUGUUUGCUGGGGAAUAUGAAGAGGCUUUAGGAACUUGUGUGCUGUUUGAGGAGGCACCGCCAAAAGGAAAAGCCCACAGUGCUCCAGACCUCAAGUACAUGUGCCACACUGUGAAGAAACUGACGAUGCAACGAAUAUUUCUCACUGAGAAGAGAGAGGACGAAACAAGCUCAGGAAAUGGUGGUGGUAAAGAGAGUGAAACAACCUGUCAGUCCAUUCAAGAAGGAAAUGGUAACCAACAAGGAGCAGCAGAAGAACAUAUGAAUGAUACAAAUUUGAAAGACUUAGCAGAAGGUUGAUAUAUGAAGAUAUUACUUUAUUCUGAACUCCUUAUAUGAGGAUGAGACACCUGGAUUUGUAUGUCUGUGAGGAACUGCGUCUUUGAAAGAGACAAUUCCACAGCAGUUAAAACACUCGGGCUUGUUUGCAUGUCCUUAAACCUGUCACAGUGUAUUGGGUGGAGAUAAGGCUUGUGUCCCCUCCAAACAGUCUGGGUUAAGAGUUGUUUUGAUAGAACAUUUGUACGCAGGGAAGCGAGCACUGUCAUUAAAUGGUCAAUUCACGACAACAAUUCACAGUGUUGCCUUACUGGACGAUACCAAUACUGUGAAAAACUUGACAUUUUCAGUGUGGUAGGUUGUGGUGCCUUGCUGGAUCAAUCAGUAUAAUAACAUAAAUAAGAAGCAAAGAGGUAUUUUGAAGCAGUUACAGGUAGAUAGCAAAUAGUGAGGAAAACGCUACGUAAAAUGCGUGGCAAAUGCCAAGCUCACACCUACCAGUAGGUAUCGAGUGAGUAUGCCUAAGUUUAUACAGUUUAGCUGUAAAAAUGAGAAUUUAUUUUGUCACAAUUUGUCACAACCUCUUCCUGAAACAUAAUGCCCCUUCUUCACUAAGUCUCAACAAAACGUAAAUAUGGUUAAAUUAGACCGACAGGAAAACAGGUCUUAAUAAAUCACAAUAUUAAUUCAUUCCUUUUAGAUUCAUAUAGGAGGGCAGUGCUUCUCUGGUAUCAUCCAUUUAUGUCCCCAGUGACCACAAUGAAUACCAUCUAGCAAAGGGAGGUUAGAAUAUGAAUGGCUCAUUCUCCAAUGAUGGAUCAUCUACUGAACAACUACUGAAUUACUGUGUUGAAGCCAAAAGAAAUUAAGGCUUUAAAUUUCUUUAUUAAAUAAACAGGAUAUUUUUAAAUGUGA